CAUCGGAAAUCCUUCUGCUCUGCUCUCUCUCUCGUCACCUCACCGCAUCACCACCAUGUCGCUCCGGCGCCUCCUGGGCCUUUCCGCCGCCGUCUCCGGCCGCCUAAGCCGCUCCCUCUCCACCUCCACGGCUGCCUCCUCCCGCCCUCCCUGGAUCUUGGUCGACCAGCUGUCAGUGGCCGCCGGGUCGGCGCUGGGUGCGUCCGUGCGCAUCCUCGAGCCGCCGCGCUUCUCCACCAUCACCGUCCCGGCGCUCCUGGUCGACACCAGCGCCGGCCCCGACCCCGACAGCGACGCCACGCAACUCCUCGUCGGCCGCGUGUGCUCCGCCAGCGCCGACGGCCUCCUCCUUAUCAUCAUCUACGAUCUCCGCGCCACGGCUCCCAUCCUCGCCAAGCAGGGCGGCAAUCAUGUCCGCCAGCUGACCGGCCUCGUCCGCGGGCACACCCCGGACACCACGCGCUUCCUCUGCAACCCUGUCACCGGCCAACUGACCCGCCUCCCGGUCAUCAACGUCGGCCGGAGGCGGCUCGUGUGCGGCCCUCACAUGGGCGUCCUCACCCAAGCCGGUCGCGGGCACGGAGACGGACCUCCCGACAGGGUCGCCGUCGCCGAGCUGCAGGGGAACAGGAUGCUCCGCUUUCUCUCGGACACGGGCGAGUGGGACGUCGCGGUCACCACGCCCUGCCAACUCCCGGGCGUCCGGCGGUUUUACUCGGAGACGGGCAGGAGGUUUGACCAAGAGGCGUUCGCCUUCGGCGGCCGGCUGUGGUGGGCUGACCUGAGCUGGGGCGCCAUCUCGGCCGACCCGUUCAGCGACCGGCCGGAGCCCCGCUUCGUGGAGCUGCCGAGGGGCAGCGUGAUGCCUGCACGCCCAGGGCCGGCGCCAGGGUGGCUUGACCUGGAGGGUUUUGAGGCCCUGUCCAAAGACGCGCCGGGCAGGUACCGGCGCAUGGGGGUCAGCGAGGGAAGGUUGCGCUACGCCGAGGUGUGGAACCGGGAGCCAUUCGUGCUCAGCUCCUUCACGCUCGACGACGAGGGCAGCGGCUGGACGCUGGAGCACCGCGUGGUGCUCAGCCGGCUCUGGGCGGAUGGAGACUACCCAUGGCUGCCCUUGCCGGAGAAGACGACGCCACAAAUUGUCGCUCUUGAUCCACUGAACGGCAAUGUCAUCUACCUGGCGGUCGGCAUGCACCGCAUCAGCGUGGACAUGAGCAAGCAGGAAGUGAUUGGGAGCUUUCUGGACAGAGGAGCCGGGUGCAUACCAUGCGUGCUUCCACCGUGGCUUGAAUCCAGCCGGACCUCUGCCGCAGGCAAGAAGGACGACGCAGAAAGCAAGACUUUGGCAGAUGUUCUAGUUCGUUCAGACAGACACCACACAAAAUGAAAAGUGUGCCAAGUUACCAGUUAAUGCAUCUCUGGGUUUCUUAAGGCUAACGAUCAAGCAGUAGGUGAGGGUGGCAGUUUGCGGGGCACUCAUUUUGCAGGAAAUUCUGGAGAAGGUUGUGUGUUUUCAGAGUUUGCUCAUGAACUUGUUUAGUGGAAAAUCUGGUAGUUGGUUCAGACUUUGAGUUCAUACUGGAACAUCCUUUUUGUAGCAAGUGUUCACUGGUGGAUAUGCUUAGCUGUUACUACUUGGACUUGCUAGUAUUAAGUUUCAGUUGAUCUAUUGCUACUGUUGAUUAA